CUCUGUAUGGACACAGCACUAUGGAGAGUUGUGUGUCUCCAUGUAAUUUGUGUGAGCAGAUCGACUAUCUGCGUGUAAUGUGCAAUCUGUAAAUAUAAAACACUUUCCACAUACACAAAAAAAGAUUCGUAAACUAAAAAAAAAAAAACAUUUUGCAAAUAUACACACAAAAUUAAUAACUUACAGGGAUUUGUGAAUAGUUUGUAUUUGUGAAUCUCAAUUCUGUGCUUGUGGAUUUGCAUUUUAUGCACAUCUUUAAUUUAUUGGAAUGUUUUUAUGUGCAAAACAUAAAACUGUUGCACACCUUCUGUGCAGCUCAAGUCCAAGAUGAAUUACCCUCUGGGGACAAGAAAGUAUAUCACGUAUCAUAUUGUAUUGUGUUGUAUCAUACUGUAUCAUAUCGUAUUGUAUUUUGUUGUAUCUUAUCGUAUCGAUUCAUAUAGUAAAAUAUUUUUGUGGUUUUACAAAUCUUUUUUGUACGUUUAUAUUUACAGAUUACACAUUUACACACAGAUUGUCGAUCUCUUCACCACAGUCUGUAUAAAUAAUGAAUGUAGCUACUGUGACGUCAUGCAUUAGUUUGUGGACUCCCAUUUUGAAGUCUCACAGCCAAUGCCAUCUUAUUUUUUUGGAGCCAAAGGGACCAUAUUUGGGCGAGAGGCUAGCGCUAGCACUAGCGCAAGGUUUGGAUCUGACUGAGAAGCUGAGGACACUACCAGCAGACGGCCUGUCACUCAAAGCUGCCGCCCAUAACUCACCACGCGAGCUCCUGGACAGCGCCCGAAUGAACUCGCGCACAGAUUCUAGCCUCACAUGCCUUAUAAGGGACAGAGCCGCAUCAGCACACAGCCUCACCGGGGUGGGUAGGGACUUGAAAAGAAAAACAAACCCACGUACUAGAGACACAGACUCUCCGGACCUGAAGCUCGGUGGAUACUCAAGGUUUCAUUCUACUGCCAAGCCAGGAGCCAGUCGCUCCCUCAAAUGCCACAGCAACAGGGCAGCAGCAUGUCUGAAACUAAACCCAAUCAGCGGUUCCACAGCCUGAACGCUGAGCAGGUGGAGGUUCUCCAUCAGGUUUUGUCAGAGGUGGUCCCAAUCCACGGCCGCGGGAACUUUCCCACGCUGGAGCUGCGUCCUCGAGACAUCAUCAUAGCCGUGCGGGCCAGGCUGCAGAAGCAGGGAAUCACAGUGAGAGAUGUUCGCCUGAACGGCUCCACGGCCAGUCACGUCCUCGUCCGAGACAACGGAACCAGCUACAAGGACCUGGACAUCAUCUUCGGAGUGGAGUUGCCCAGUCAGGAGGAGUUUCAGGUGAUCAAAGAGUCAGUGCUGGGCUGCUUGCUGGACUGCCUACCUGCUGGAGUCAACAGGGAGCGGAUCAGCAGUGCCACAAUGAAGGAGGCCUACGUCCAGAAAAUGGUCAAGGUCUUCAAUGAACACGACCGCUGGAGCCUCAUCUCGCUGUCAAACAACAGCGGCAAAAACCUGGAGCUCAAGUUUGUGAGCACGCUGAGGCGGCAGUUUGAGUUCAGCGUCGAUUCCUUCCAGAUCAUUCUGGAUCGUCUCCUGGAGUCCUACAUGCAGCAGGAGGCACAGCACAAAAGUAAUAGAGUCGAUCUUAAGGACCAGCUUGCAGACACACAGAACAAAGACUCUUCCUCUCUGCUCAAACAGGCCACUGCUCCAGAAACAGAGAAGUCCUCUGGUAGAGACUCAUCCAACAAAGAGGGGGCUCAGACCAGCCUGACACAACAGAGAGAUGAGGCACAUGAAAAGCAGUCAGAACUGUCACUACAAAAUGAACACUCAAACCAGACAAUACACUCCAAAGUUGAAAAGGACAACAAAGAGAAAACACCUGUGGAGUUGAAAGAAGAACAUAGAGAAACCCUCAAUGAGACAGACCUCUCUGACCAGACUUCUGCAGACCUUUUGUCAGAGAACAAAACCUCUGAGGAAGCUGAACCUCCAACUCAGAUUGAACUCAGACACGAGCCAGAGCUCUCGGACAAGACCAAAUGCUCGACAAAGGCAGAAGAGGCAGAGCAAACCCAGCCCUGUGAUGACCAACAACCAGCACAUUCAAAUCACAAGGAACUCUCUGUUCAGAAAGAACAGUCCAACCACACAAAACCCCCUGAUGAACAGAACAAAAUCACAGAGCAGAUGGAACAGUCCGAGCCGCCAAAAACCUCAAACAAUACCCAGACAGAGUCUCUAAACCUGGCAGAAGCAUGUCACAGUACGGACUCCUCCAAGUGUUUCAGUGAGGAUCAGAGGAGCGAUGAGAAAGAUGAAACACAACAUGUAACUGCUCCAGACUCUAGCACACCUUCACAUGCAAAGAUCGAGACACAGUUAGCAGAUGAAAGCAAAGUAGAGAUAUGUGAGCAGGCAGAGAGAAAACGUGAGACAGACGAGACAGAAGUAAGUGAAACGGCAGAAGAGGUUUUAGCGUCAGAAGCAAAAAACAUACAAGACACACAGGGUAUCGAUUGUUCCUGCUCCACCUCUUCCAUAUCCCUUACACUUCACAACACAGAGCCUGCUGGCGCACAGGAUACACUGGAGAUUCACAGCACACUACACACAGAUAACUCGGAUAAAACUCAGAACACCCCUGAUGCUGUCAGCCCUCCAGAUACUCAGGAUAGUGUACCUGCACCACCCAGCCUUGUUUCUGACAAAAAGACCUCCUCCUCUCCCUCUUGUAAGGCCUCAGAGAGACUAUCUCACAUGGUGGUGCUCAAACAUUCCUCUCCCAAACCCCCCCGGAGGAUGUGUAGGAAGGUAGCCCCCAAUCCUUACCCCAGUCCAGUCUCUGAAAGCGAACCUGUCAUAGCACUCUGUAUAGAUGCAAACCCUUGCCCUUGCUCUGAACCUGAGAUAGAUUUUAACCCAAAGCCAACAGCUCCCAGUUUGGAGCCAACAACUACCCCAACUCCUAGUAUCUCUACUGAAACAAACCCUGGGCCUGAACCCAACUCAGUGUCAAUCAUAGAUCUUACCUCAGCUCCUGAUCCUGCUCCUGAUAUAAUCUCCACUUCUGUGGAUCCCAUGUCUGCUUUACCUCAAGAGCCAUCACCCUCUCAGCUAAUCACAGAGAGUUCAUGUGAGACAAGUAUUCAGAGCCUAAAAGAGGCACCAUCAGAUGUGGCUUGUGACGAACAAAGCCAGCCCUCCCUGAGUGAAACUGUCUCUGCACCCAAACAAUCAGAGCCUCUUGACUCAGUGGACACGUUAGUUUCACACGCUGACACGUCCAGCUCAAACACCCAAGAACCUGUACAUACCUCAGAAGUUGAGCUCAGUGAUGAAGAUGAAAACAGAGAACUAGGGACCAAAAAGUUGGACUUGAAUCAGCCAAACGGCAGCCCACAAGAGACCACACUUUGUUCACCCUCCUCUUCCCACUGUGUCACCCCUCCUGUUUCCUGUCUCACCCCUCCUGUACUUAGUCUUUCCCCUCCCUGCCACACUCCCUCACCCCCCAGCCUCAGUCCUCCCCCAUGUCUCACCCCUCCCUCUCACUGCCUGUCAUCUCCGAUGCUGAGCACCGUCAGCCCCACCACCAGCUUUAGCUCUCCACCCCUGAGUUUCAGCCCUACCUCAUCCUGCCUCAGCUCACCUCCUUACCUCACCCCUCCUAUGCUCAGCCUCAGCCCUCCUCCACUCUGUCUUAGCCCCCCUUCCCUCAGCCCUCCCCUCCUCUGCCUCACUCCGCCUGUGGAGUCAGAAGACCUUGUACCUCAGGUAUCUUCAGACAUGGAGCCUUUGAUACUGCACACAGGCAGCGAGGAACAGAUUAAAGAGUCAUCCCCUCAACCAGGAGUCCCUCUCCUACAGUUGGAGGAUAAAAAAGAACAAGAUUAUAUCUCAUCGUCGCCUGGGGUUGCAGAGCCUGUUUCUUUUCCGAUCACAAUCCCGAGCUCCACCUCACAUGUGCUGCCUCCCUCUCAGUCUGAAGGCCCAGGGGAAUCGGCCCCUCCAAAAGCCGAUGAGGCAUCCAGCUCUGUGCCUGAGAACAAAGAGGCCCCUGAGGUAACCACAGACAUGCUUGAACAGAGCAGCACUCCUCAGGCAUCAGGCUCGGUCCCUGCUGUCGAGGUCCUGGCAGAGAGCAUGUACGGUGACUUUGAGGCAGCCAUGGACCACCUGCGCUACCGCCUAAUCGCCACCAGAAACCCAGAGGAGAUUCGAGGCGGUGGCUUGCUGAAAUACAGCAACCUGCUGGUCAGGGACUACCGACCGGCCAGCGAGACUCAGAUAAAGACACUGGAGCGCUACAUGUGCUCGCGCUUUUUCAUCGAUUUCCCUGAUGUGCAGGAGCAGCAGAGGAAGAUCCUGUCCUACUUGAAGAACCACUUCAUCGGUGAGGAGAGAAGCAAGUACCAGUAUCUGAUGACGCUGCGUCGCGUGGUCGACGACAGCACAGUGUGUCUGAUGGGACACGAGAGGCGUCAGACGCUGAACAUGAUCACAGUGCUGGCACUGAAGGUUCUAGGAGAGCAGAACAUUAUCCCCAACACAGACCAUGUGACAUGCUUCUACCAGCCCGCCCCGUACCUUGCUGAUCACAGCGGCUCCUAUUUAGCAGAACCCAGCUACUGCAGCUACUACAUACCCCAAGGGGGAUCAACGCUGCUUUACCAACCGUACCCCUUACACCUGCACACACAGACUGGACUAGUCUAAACCACACACAAAUACGCAUGUACUCACACAAAACACACAAUCGAGCAAGGGGAUGGUGCUCUCUACGUGGAAAGGGCUGGAGAAUGGAAACAUAAUCCAGGGAUAAACUGUUUGGUCUAUAAUAGACCUGUGGGGGUGGGAUUGAGUGGGUUUUUACAGUAAACUCCCCGAGUACUCUGUAAGGUUCUAAUAUGAUUAUAUGUAAUUAUCUGGGCUUUGUGGUAAAAUAAUAAUUCUUCCGAUAUUGUUAAAAUUCCAGAAAAUGCUUUAUGCACUGCAUGAGUCAUAGCCCUUUGGUCUCCCCGGGAAACCAACUGUGCUGUUGACAUUCACACACACACACACACACACACACACACACACACACACACACACACACACACACAAAACUCACACCUCCAGGUUCUUGAAUUCUUGUACACUCUUUUCAUGUUCUUACUGUGUUGUUCUUAAUGGGUUUGUUCAGAAUGUGGACCUUGCCUGUGGUUGAUAUUGUGCAUGGAUAAAUUAGGACUGUUCUCUCACUGCCAAAUACUGUGUGACUACUAUGCUUCUUAAACAGUUCAAUGUAACUUUGUUAAUCCUUUACCGAAGGGGUGUAUUCUGAAAAAAAAUACAGAGGGACAGGCAUACCAGUGUGUACAGUACUAUCAUCAGAACACACACAUGCAUGCACAAUACAUACACAUAAAAACACACAUAUACAUACACGCACACAGUUAGACAAUGCAUGAGUAGCUAAAUAUAUAGAUCACAUCCUGAAGUCAAAGCAAAGGCUUUUAAUUUAAUAAAAAUGGAUCUAUUUUUGCAAGACUUUCCAAUAUAAAACUCAGUGGUAAACAGACUGGUUAGUUCCUACAGAAAAAUGCCAACAACAUUGCCUUUGCAAUAGACUGUACAGCGUAUUGAUUACAGUAUAUCGUGUGCGGAUACACUGCAUUGUUUUCAGGUAAAUUGUGUUAAGAUGUAGUGCUUGAUUCCUUUCCCUUGUGGAGUCCUUUCUGUAAUCAUGUGAAGUACUGUACCAUCUAGUGUUGAUUUAUUUAAUGCUAAAGUUUACUUCUGUGGAGGUGGUCAGGUUAUAACCAUCUUUGGGUCAUUGCUAAAUGUGGCAGAUGGCGAUCUGUGUAAACCAUAGGAUCUAAACUGAAGGAAUUACAUCUAAACUUGUGUGACUCCUCUCAGCAUGAAUCAGCACCCUCUAAUUCACGCAGUCAGAAUCAACAUGAAAUCAAAUCCACCUCAAACCUGUUUGAAUCUAAGUUCAAAGCCGUGCAACAGCAACUAUGACCAAAGAUGGUUUGGUAGGGAAAUCAAGUGCCUAAAUGUGAGACAUGAUUGGCAUGUCUUUAUCUCACUGCACUGGGGGUGUUAAUGGGGUGGGCCUGGGGCUGGGUUGGGUGUGUGUUCAGUUGUUGACCCCUGUUAUUGC